CCCUCCCACCCCCAGUCAGCAACGGGCCGUGAGGCAGCGGCGGCGGCGGCGAAGGGGGCGGAGGAGGAGCUCGGCUGGACGCGGCCCCGCAAGCCGCGCGUUCUCCGGGCCGUGGGGCUUCCUUCGCGCCGGCGGCAGGAGCAGCUGCGUGUGCAGCCGCAGCAGCAGUCAUUGGCAUCAUGAACUGGAAUAAAGGUGGCCCUGGAACCAAGCGGGGAUUUGGCUUUGGAGGUUUUGCCAUCAGUGCUGGGAAGAAGGAGGAAGCCAAACUGCCACAGCAGUCCCAUAGUGCCUUUGGGGCAGCCAGCUCUUCUUCUGGAUUUGGAAAGUCUGCUCCACCACAGCUUCCUUCUUUCUACAAAAUUGGAUCUAAACGGGCUAACUUUGAUGAAGAAAAUGCGUAUUUUGAAGAUGAAGAAGAAGAUUCCAGCAAUGUGGAUUUACCUUAUAUUCCUGCUGAAAACUCACCUACCCGCCAGCAGUUCCAUUCCAAGCCAGCAGAUUCUGACAGUGAUGAUGAUCCCUUAGAGGCAUUCAUGGCUGAAGUGGAGGAUCAGGCAGCUAGAGACAUGAAGAGACUUGAAGAAAAGGACAAGGAAAGAAAAAAUGUAAAGGGUAUUCGAGAUGACAUUGAAGAGGAAGAUGACCAAGAAGCCUAUUUUCGAUACAUGGCAGAAAACCCAACUGCUGGGGUGGUUCAGGAGGAAGAGGAAGACAACUUGGAAUAUGAUAGUGAUGGAAAUCCAAUUGCACCUUCCAAAAAAAUUAUCGAUCCUCUUCCUCCUAUUGAUCAUUCAGAGAUUGACUAUCCACCAUUUGAAAAAAAUUUUUACAAUGAACACGAGGAGAUAACCAACCUCACUCCACAGCAGUUAAUAGACCUGCGGCAUAAGCUCAACCUUCGGGUCUCUGGUGCUGCACCUCCUAGACCAGGAAGUAGUUUUGCUCAUUUUGGAUUUGAUGAACAACUUAUGCACCAGAUUCGGAAAUCUGAGUACACACAGCCAACUCCAAUACAGUGUCAGGGUGUGCCUGUAGCAUUGAGUGGUAGAGACAUGAUUGGUAUUGCUAAAACAGGCAGUGGGAAAACUGCAGCCUUUAUUUGGCCCAUGUUGAUUCAUAUAAUGGAUCAGAAGGAAUUGGAACCAGGCGAUGGACCAAUUGCUGUGAUUGUGUGUCCUACUAGGGAGCUUUGUCAACAGAUCCAUGCAGAAUGUAAGCGGUUUGGAAAAGCGUACAAUCUUCGCUCGGUGGCUGUGUAUGGAGGAGGGAGCAUGUGGGAGCAGGCCAAGGCCCUUCAGGAAGGGGCAGAAAUUGUUGUGUGCACCCCAGGUCGACUGAUUGAUCAUGUGAAGAAGAAAGCUACUAAUCUUCAAAGAGUCUCUUACCUUGUGUUUGACGAAGCUGAUCGAAUGUUUGACAUGGGAUUUGAGUAUCAGGUUCGGUCCAUAGCAAGCCACGUCCGUCCUGACAGACAGACUCUUUUAUUCAGUGCAACGUUUCGGAAAAAGAUUGAAAAAUUGGCCAGAGAUAUCUUGAUUGACCCUAUUCGAGUGGUGCAGGGAGACAUAGGAGAGGCAAAUGAAGAUGUUACGCAGAUUGUGGAGAUACUCCAUUCUGGGCCUAGUAAAUGGAACUGGCUUACUCGGCGUCUGGUAGAGUUUACUUCUUCAGGGAGCGUCCUCCUGUUUGUUACUAAAAAAGCCAAUGCUGAAGAACUAGCCAAUAACCUUAAGCAGGAGGGUCAUAAUCUUGGUCUGCUCCACGGGGACAUGGAUCAGAGUGAAAGAAACAAGGUCAUUUCAGAUUUUAAGAAAAAGGACAUCCCCGUCCUGGUGGCCACUGAUGUUGCAGCCCGUGGUCUGGAUAUCCCUUCAAUAAAGACAGUCAUUAACUAUGAUGUAGCACGAGAUAUUGAUACCCAUACUCACAGAAUUGGCCGGACAGGCAGAGCUGGUGAAAAGGGCGUGGCCUAUACCUUACUGACGCCAAAGGACAGCAAUUUUGCUGGUGAUCUUGUACGGAACCUGGAAGGAGCCAACCAACAUGUUUCUAAGGAACUGUUAGAUCUUGCAAUGCAGAAUGCCUGGUUUCGGAAAUCUCGCUUCAAAGGGGGGAAAGGCAAAAAGCUGAACAUUGGUGGAGGAGGCUUGGGCUAUAGAGAGCGGCCUGGGCUAGGCUCUGAGAAUUCGGACCGAGGAAAUAAUAACAAUGUAAUGAGCAAUUAUGAAGCCUACAAGCCCUCCACUGGAGCCAUGGGAGAUAGGCUGACAGCAAUGAAAGCAGCUUUUCAGUCCCAGUACAAGAGUCACUUUGUUGCAGCCAGUCUAAGCAAUCAAAAGGCCGGAAGCUCUGCUGCCGGGGCAAGUGGAUGGACUAGUGCAGGAAGCUUAAAUUCUGUUCCAACUAAUUCAGCACAGCAGGGCCAUAACAGUCCUGACAGCCCCAUCCCCAGUGCUACCAAGAGCAUCCCAGGCUUCAGCAGUUCUGGGAAUAUCAGCAGUGCCCCAGUGACCUACCCUUCUGUUGGAGCCCAAGGUGUCAACAAUACAGCUUCAGGAAGUAACAGCCGUGAAGGGAUUGGGGGUGGCAACGGGAAAAGAGAGAGAUAUACUGAGAACCGGGGUGGUGGCCGGCAUAGUCAUGGAGAUGGUGGCAAUCGGCAUGGCGAUGGUGGCCGCCAUGGAGAUGGAUAUCGUUACCCAGAAAGCAGUAGCCGUCAUACUGAUGGCCACCGACAUGGAGAGACCAGGCAUGGGGGAAGUGCCGGCAGACAUGGAGAGAGCCGAGGUGCAAAUGAUGGUAGGAAUGGAGAAAGCAGGAAAGAAAGCUUUAAUCGUGAAAACAAGAUGGACCCCAAGGUGGACAGCAGCAAGAUGGACAGAAUGGACAGCAAGACAGAUAAGACCCCUGAUGGUUUUGCUGUUCCAGAGCCACCCAAACGCAAGAAAAGUCGAUGGGACAGUUAGAGGGUAUGUGAAAAUGGGUGUGAUCAGUUGUCUUUAAUUUUAUUUUUAGAAAGAUUUGGUAACUAGGUGUCUCAGGGCUGGGUUGGGGUCCAUGAUGUACAGACCCCCUGCCCUUGGUGGAGAACUGGAGCUGGAGACAUUAUACCUUCACGUGGUAUUCAUUCAGAUGUUUUCUUGGGAACCUGAGUUGGUCCUGGAAAGCAAAGAGCUGGGAGGCUUUUGUUUGUUCUGGGUGAGUUUUUAAGGAGGGUAAGUGGAAGAUACUGAGGGAGAAAGGGCCUUAUAGGGCACAGAACUCACUCUAGUUUAUAAUAGCUUAUAUUUUUUACUAAAAUGUCACCUUAUAAACAUCUAUAAGUUGGAUUUUUUUUCUUAGCUAUGGCCAGGCAGCCCCGUUUUUGUUUUUUUUUUUUUUGGAGUUGGCUUCUGCAAACCUUUGACCCUGUUGGGGAUGCUUGGGAAGCAGUUUGGUGCUUUCAGAUGUUUGCAGAGGCGAUGCCUGAUACUCAGGUUCCCCAGACAGCUUUGUUUUCCAGCCCUGAGACAUGCAGGAAAGACAGACAGCCUUCCAGACUCAGGCUUUGAAAUCCUAAGCAGUUAGGACUGAAGGAAUGAUCAUCUUGGAAAAAUUCCAGGAUUAUCCAGGCCUGGAACACUGCUAAAUUUAUCAUUAGAAACCAACCCCAACAGUAGCUUUUAAAGUGUCUAUUUCAUUGUAUUUUUUUUUUUAACUUUCUCCAAUAGUAGUAAAAGUCUUUUGCUGAAAUGAUUCUGAUUUUUGUUUUAUCUCGUUUAUAAAGGAAAAGAAAUGCACAAACUUUGAAUUUUGUGAUUUUUGUGAAGGUUUCUUUAAGAUGUGCAUUCCUCUCUGCUUGCUCGAUAGUAAAUGUUUUACUACUGGGACCUGAGGGCUGUCGUUUCUACCUACAGUAGUUGCUACAUAUUAAAUUAUGGCUUGGAACAGUGCAGCCCAUGAUGUGAAAUGUGGGGAAGUGCUUGCUUAUUAAACUAUCAGAAACGUUA